UCAAAUCGCAAAGAAAAAUAUCGUCGUUUUUCAAUAGCCAGCUUCCAUGCGAGAGCGUGCGCACUCGUCCGAAAAGCACAGACCGAUCCAAGUUACCGUGGCAGAAGUUACGAAGUGGCGCAUCUCGAUACAUCCAAAAAUGCUGUUCCUGAUAAUCUUCUCCCUUCUCUCUACCCUCGCUUGCCUCUACUGCAUCUACGAUUGUAUCAAGCCGAAAAAUUAUCCACCUGGUCCGGCGUGGAUACCGUUCUUCGGAUGUUUCUUCAAGUUCAAAUGGCUACGUUCGAAACACGGAUACAUUUAUCUGAGUAUGCAAGAACUGGCGCGAACGUACGGACCAGUAUUAGGAUUAAAGCUUGGAAAUCAAAAGGUGGUGGUGAUUUCAACGUACGAUCUGGUGAAGAAGACGCUUCUCCGGGAUGAAUUCAACAGCCGACCGGACGGAUUUUUCUUCAGGGUGCGAUCGUUCGGGAAGAGAAAGGGCGUUCUGUUCACCGAGGGCCCCACGUGGACGCAGGUUCGCAGAUUUACGAUGCGGCAUCUGCGAACGUUCGGCAUAGGUCAGUCGAUUUUAAAGGAACAGAUGACUCUGGAGGCUCGGAAUUUCGUCGUUCAUCUGCGGGAGAUGAGCGAGCGCGGCGCGGUGAUGAUGCACACGGCAUUCGACGUCGCGGUACUGAAUUCUCUGUGGUUCAUGAUAGCCGGGCACAGAUUCGAAUAUGAGGACCAAAAGCUGCAAGAGGCGCUCGUACUGGUUCACGAUGCCUUCAGACUAAUGGAUACCCUGGGUGGAGUAAUUUCGCAGAUGCCUUUUCUACGUUUCGUGAUCCCGGAGUUAUCGGGAUAUAACGAGUUAAUGAGGAUUCUCGAAAGUCUAUGGAGCUUCCUCGAUGAGGAGAUCAAGAUACACGAGAGGGAGUUAUCCGAUGAGCCGCGCGAUCUGAUUGACGCGUUUCUCUUGGAGAUCCGUAGAAACACCGAGAAUGAAGACACGAUAUUUGAUCGUGAGAAUUUAUUGAUAUUGUGUCUCGACCUUUUUCUGGCUGGGUCGAAGACGACCACUGACACCUUAGCAACUACGUUUCUCUUCCUAUCGCUGAAUCCCGAAUGGUUGAAGGUACUUCAAACAGAGCUGGAUGAUGUCGUCGGUAGGUCGCGAGCUCCAACCGAAGAAGAUUUACCAUCUUUGCCAAUAACGGAAGCUUUCUUAGCCGAGGUCCAAAGAUAUCUAAUUUUGGCUCCACUCGGCGUACCUCACAGUACUGCGAAGGACGUUUCUUUGAACGGCUAUCGAAUACCCAAGGACACGAUUGUUCUCUUCGAUUAUCAUAGCGUCCACAAUGACGAGACGUACUGGGAUCGACCGGAUGAGUUCCGACCGCAACGAUUUCUAAACGAGCAGGGCCAAUUCUGUCGGAGCAACUACAGCAUACCUUUCGGUUUAGGCAAGAGACGCUGUCUAGGCGAGCAGCUGGCGCGCUCCUCGCUGUUCCUGUUCUUCACCUACGUCGUGCAUUACUUCGACAUGGAGCUAUCGGCCGAGCACGCCAAGCCGAGCCUGAAAGGCUACGACGGCUUCACCCUGUCGCCGAAACCGUACUACCUCAAGCUGACGAAGAGGACGACGCGUUCCCCGCGGUCCCCGAACGCCACGUGACCCGCGCGAGAGCACAUGACGGUACAUUUGGACUUCUGCGAAGGGGCACGAUUUCGUCGAACUCGUAAAGCGUCCGCGUAAAAGCAAGACUUUCACGGCGUAGAACCAAUAAACGCCAUUCGCAAACGCCGGGCCGGGCCGCGCCGCGCCAUGUACGGGAUCGGUUAACGGAAACGAAUAUCUUUUUUGUCAAACAGCUCGCGCCGUAACGCGCAUAACACAUAACGCAUUAUACAUAAUACGAGGCAACUCGUAAGAUUACUAAUGACCGUGCGGCGCAGCCGAUUUAACUCGAAACGAUAACGCGUAAUCGUGUCUCCAUUAACAGUAGAGAUAAAAAAAAGACUUCGGACGAACGUACUUCCUCAGGCAGAAGCUAUUAUGUCCUGUUAGACAUCAAAUAGUCAUUUCCAAGCCAAAGAUUAAAACAAUUAUUUUUAAUAUUUUUACUCAAAGUCGGAAAAACAUGUGUUUUAAAAAACUGCUGUCCCACGCUCGUUACUUGCACGUCCCCUGCGAGCUCUGGAACGUGCGAGGAAGCACGAUUUCUGAGAACUAAAUAUAUCUUAUUCGCAGCACGUGGCAUAUUGUAGAGUAAUGUAGAGCAUUUCACGACAAAUGUAGCGACGCGCGAGAAGGUGCGAUUUCGAUUACUUAUUCGCGCGGUUUGAAAUGCUAGACGCGAGUAUGAAAGGUAGAUGACAGCCUCAAUAAACGGAUGUAAGUUAAUAGAAAUGUGCCGCGAGCAUUUCUAGCAAUUUACUAGCUCUCACGCGGCUACGUGAAAGACGUGUGUUUCACUCGAGGGUCUCUAUAGAUACACAGCCGAUACUUCUAUCGCCUUCUAACAUGGUCGGUUUGUCGUCUCCUUUCAGCAUGUAGGACGGCAGAAGCUUUAAAAAAAAGUCUUGUAAUAAAAUUGUAGUGGAAUGGCUUGUAAAUAAAACUACAAA